AUGACGAUGAAAACUUACAAAAAUACAAUGAUAAUUUGCCUGACAUACUUGAAAAAAAUUCAACAAGCAAAAUAUAAUAGAAAAACGCAUUUUGAUAAGAAUAUUCGCCUGGUCGCUCAAGGCAUAACGGCUUGGGUGAGGCUGGUGGAAAGGAAACAUGAAACUGUUACGAGACCUUUAAACCAACUAAGAGCAAGAAUUAAUGGGCACAUGUUCGUUAAUCUGCAUGAUAAACCAAUCACUGACCAGUUGUCCAAUUGGCAGGGAUUCGCCGGUGACUACCUUGGUGAUGUACAAAAUACAGAGAAAGCUUUGAAUAACAUUGAUGACUAUCUUGGAACAAUGAUAUCGCCUAAAAUUGAAGCUAUAAGACAGUUUGUAUUGAAUUUUUGGAUGUCAGUUAGUAAUGAUGGCGUGGCAACUUCUGUUAAGUCACUUCACAAUAAGUUCCACCAUCAGCGUAUUGAGGUGAGUACGCAUAUUUCAACCCAAAUACAGGAGGUCCAGAAAGCUUUAAAUGAGAAUUUCGUUAAUAUUCAAGGUCGAAUUACGCGUCUGAGACAGGAAAAUGAAAAACAUAUUCAGAUAAUUAGGGAGGCUGUUGCAGAGGCUAAGAAAUUGGCGGACGCUCUGGUUGUCGAGAGGGGUAUUUAUGAUGAGAUUUAUAAGACAAAAAUUGCGGACAAAUUCACUGCAAUUAGAGACAACAUUAAGAAGUUUGCUGAAGAUAACAAUCCUAAAUCGCAGCUGUGGACUCACUUCGAGACAGUUCAGAAUAAGGUCCGCGAACUGGAGUCUGAAUUGCAAGGAGAUCUGCACAGAUUGCAUGGGGACGUUGAAGGCCUAUACGAUCUAGUUGAUGAAAGCAUUGGAAAUAGUCUAACUAAAAAUCCAUUGCAAGAGCUCGAAGAGGCGAUGGCAAAUCUGAGUAGUGGGAUUAUUGAGCCAAUUACACAGACGUCACAGAGUGUAAAGGAUCAGUAUGAUACAGAAUUAAAGAACACAUUUGAUAAUCUUAAGCAUGGCUUCACAUCAUUCAAAAAGGUCAUUUAUGGUGAAAAAGGAAAUUACGCAAAUCCCGACCCAGAUUCAUUUGGUAAACAUAUCACCGAUUUGACCGCCGCAAUCUGCGGCAGUGCCCGUGGCGUAGAAGAUGGGCUUGAUGGCCUUGUUAGCGCCUUCAAGGACCACGCCAAAAAGCAAAUAAAAAUAGCUACCAAGACUGCGAUAAGAACUGCACUUGAGCAAUUCAAGAUGGACGACGAUGGUACUAAUAUCAAGGUCGCGGAUAUGAUGAUGACGUUUGAGAUAUGUAGAAAAGAACUUGACGGAGCAGUCACAAAAGUACAACGCGAACUGACGUUGUUGAAAAAUGUACCUGCUUUUGUCUCAGAGAUGAGCGGAAAAGCCGACGCCGAAAUGGAGAUUUUGAGAGCUGAGAUUAAGAGCAUCAAACAGGCAAUUUACGCCAUUGACAAACCGAUAAAAGAUGCGGAAGAAGCUUUUAAAUUCGCCUGUCUAUCGCUCGAAGGGUCUCUCAAUAGCGCUAAAAGCGCUUCAGAUGUCAUCCUACCGUUGCUUACAAACGGCCUACAACAAAGGGUCAGUCAUGCAUUGGAUGACCUCGAAAAUGCCGUCCAAAAAAAAUACAACGCGCAAAAGAAAGCUGAGCUACAUGCUCUACAGACGUCUUUGUCAGAUCAGAUUACCAGUAUUGGCAGUAUUAUUGACACCGACAUGGACACUGGUCUGAAAGGUAUGAUGGGCAAGUUGAAAGACACCUUUGACGAACAUCCCCUAAGCAGUGACAACACCAAAUUAAACCCAUACGCAACAAAAACAAGAACCUUUUAUGACAAGUUUCUGACGUCCCUCCAAUCCCAGCCCGACCUCUCCCCCGACCGUCUCACCCCCCUCACCCAGGCCCUCUACGCCCUCCUGUCCACAAUGAACACCCAACGCCACUUCGACGCCACCGUCUCCCGCAAGCUCGCCGACCUCCAAACGCAGCUCGACACCCUCGCCCCCUCUGGUUUCGCCGAGGCCUCCCCGCUGCUCAACGUCGUCAAGCGCGGCGUCCAGGCGUUCCACGGGGAGCUCGCGAAGCAGUACGUCAGCAGGUACUCGGGGCAAAAUUAUGCUGGUCAGUUGGUGAAGGAGAAAACAUCGCCUGAUACUAAAGCACCUAAAUUGCUUGCAAAUCCUGCUGACAACACCGAAAUAACCGAGUACGGGAGGAAGUGCGCGAAGGUGUUCCUCACCUCCCUGGCGACGCUGAGUAAUGACUUUAAGCAUCUGAGUGAUUCUUGUAAAGAAUCGCGAUUUAAUCAAAUACACACGUCGUACAAUAAAUAUAAUAAUAAGCUUGGCGAUUUAUUCAGUAGUUGCGGGUACCAGGUUUCUAUGUACCGUGAUUCGCAUGAGGGCGAGUUGCGGAAUAAGCCAGACUUUACGGGCACAGAUAUUCAUGCGAUCAUCCACAAAAAAAUUUUCAACGUUUCCUCAAUUGACCUUUUGAAACAGUGGAUGACUAAAAAGAACAAAGCAAGCAGCGUAGCUUCUAUUGAUGCAGAUAACAUGAGUCUCCUCGACAUACUUCAGUUCCUCUAUGACUGCCUUGAAAACUACUACUGCGUUUCCCACCUGCGCCACAUCGAGAGGCCUAAAUCGCCGUCGUCUGUUUACCAAAUGCUUUGUUGGUUGACUGGACUUCCGCACAAUCGCGUGUUUCCAACUGUAUCAGUCAGCGACAUUGGUGACCUGUUUGAGAAGCCGGAUGAGGCAUCCGGUGACAGCAACCCAGACGGCCCACUUGUUCUACAGACAGAUCCUGACACUUUGCCAGCUUACCCAGAAAAGAUCGCAGCCUCAACGCUGACAUCCAUUAUUCAUAAGGUUUGUGUCGACGCUGAAGACGUGCUGAUUGGAAUACUCGGCCAUGGCCACGCGGACGGCAUUUAUGCCGUCGACUUCAACACAAACCCCGACGGUUUCGCCUAUCCAACCGCCCCCGGUGCUUGCUUCGAUAUGCUGUGCGACGUGCUGAAUCGGCUUUACCUGCAACUUUUCUUCCUAUACGGGCAGUGCAGCAACGAGGAGCCCUCAGUCAGUUGGCGUGACUGUUGGUACGGAAACCAAGUAGGCGGGUCAGCAUGGAACUGCAAUGCUAUGCAAUGUCCUAACCAAAAGGGCAACCAAAUACACAAGCAAAGGUGUAACCAAAAGUGUGACCAAACAGCUCAGUGCGGUAUAAAAUCGCCGCUUCAGUCCUUUUUAGAGGAUGGUCUCCCCGGCUUUUUACCACACUCCUUCACUAAGCCCGGUUGUAAGCUGACAUGUACGCUCUCCAACCAUAGAGGUAUCCCUUGUAGAACGCCAAUGGGCUUCAACGACAUCAGUGUCACUGCUUCUCACAGGCAGAGGGGAGAGUAUCUCAAGAAAGCUCUUGAGGGCUUUUGUGGUAGUGAUUCCGCUCCACUAACUAAGCUUUGCGCUCAGCUGACGUGCCUUUUGCAGAAACCUCCGCAGACGCUGGGAGACAUCUUUGCGUUUUACUAUGGUUACCUCGGAGGAUGGGCAGCUGAUUUCUAUGGAAACUUCGGAAAAUCGAAUCCGCAUACACAAGCCGCAUUUGGGGAAGCGGUCAACGAUGCGUACUUCGGAGAACAAUAUGAUGAUCUCAAUCCGAUCACGUUGGUUAGCAGCAGUAAGCACAGCGCGGAACAUUCGAAAGGUAAUUUAUGCAGCGUCGCAAAUUGCGAGUCUGGCUCAGUUGCGCCAUGUGGUCUCUAUGUCAAGUCUAUGACACAGGACAUUACUAAGUAUUACUCUGCCGAACACAGAGCUAAUCACCUGUCGUGGAUCGUCUACAUCACCGAGACAUUCUGCGAUCUGCUUAAGAAAUUAUAUGACGACUGCUGCAAGAAAUGUGGACCCGGUGGUAGUAAAUGCCACGUUAAAAGUUGCGUUGGACAAUGUACGGUUAAAUACACUGAUUCAACAGGGAAGCCUGCUACUCCAUCUGAGAAUGCCCAUCAUACAACAAACUGCAAAUCAAUCGUCACGUGCCGUGACACUCACCCUACCCUGUACAGAUACGGUUUUACCUUCGGACAUCCAUGGGGACUUAAUGGCUCUGGUAAUAAUGAAGGGGCUAAAAGGACGUGCAGAGAUUUCUGCGAAGCGUUGAAGAAGAUGCUUGGUGAAGAAUCCGUCCUUAUUGAACUACGUCACAAAAUCGAUAAAUUCCUCUGGGAUAUCAGAGAGAAAUUCUCAUUCACUGUCUUGGCCCUCUGGCUCCUCUCCCUCUUCUACCUCCUCCACAUCAUGGUCAUCCGCCUAGACCUGCUUCACAUCAAAUCGCAUUUACACUCACCAUCAUCACACCGUAUCGCUGCUCAAUCACUACUCGCCGCAGCACGUGUUAACAAACUGGGGAAAAUGUUUUAUCUGCAACCAUAA